GUAACACACAAACAAACACACACCUUGAGACUACUGCUUGGAUACAUCAUGGCAAACUUCUCUGUGGAGUGGCUUUCCCAAAGUUAUUAUACAACGCAAAGGGACACUGAGGAGAUGACUCCAAAGAAGGAUGCUGCGCUUUAUUCAAAAGUCCAUAAUGAAAUUGUGGAUUUUACAAAGGAAUCAAGAAGCCAAUACUCUCCGACCUCGCCAAACAAUAGUUGUGGCUACACAUCAGGGUCUGAGAGUGAGGUUGGAGACGACAGCGAGGGGGAAGCAACCCAGCAGCGAAGGAUGAGGACCAAGUUCACCUCAGAGCAAAUCAGCAAACUGGAGAAUACCUUCAGCAAGCACAAAUAUUUGGGCGCCACGCAGAGAAGGAAGCUUGCUGAGAAGCUGAAUCUUUCUGAAACUCAGGUGAAAACGUGGUUCCAGAACAGGAGGAUGAAGAUGAAACGGGAGGUGCAGGAUAUGCGGCCUGAGUUCCUGUCGGUCCCGGCCGCUCUCCUGCCGCCUGUGUUGUUUCAGCACCCCGUCCUGAGUAGACAGCUCCCCUUCUACCCGCAGCUGCAGCCGCUCCACAGGACGAGCCUCCCCCCUCCUCUGCACCAGCACCGCACCCACCCUGUCAUCCUGCCCCCACCCUUCUACUGAACUCUUCCAACUUUCUCUCCAAAAAUUCCUGUCUAGAAUCUAGACAUGUUUCCAUUGCUCUCUUUAAAAGAGGGGUUGUGAAUAUUAUAAUUGCUUUUACAUAUUUCUGAAGCACUAUAUAAGACUAUUGAUGCUAUCUGUAUAUAUGAUUUGAAGAAUGUAAUGUAUUUUUGCAUCAAAUUU